GUCAAAGGCCUUCCCAUAAUUCACCACGCCGGAAAGAAACAAGUGUGGUGGAAUCGUUCAUUUUAAACGCAAUAUAACGUCGCUGUAACUAUCAGAGUUACGAAUAUGCGAUUGCGCUAACGCCGAGGCUCUUGCGAAGAACGUACACACAAGGCGCGGUGUGCGCUAUGAUUCCCAGCACUGCGCGAAAGGCCGUCAACGGCGCCGGAGACGUCGAGAUGGACGAAGAAGACUCGAAAAAGAACUUCGGCUCUGUGCCGCUCCUGACGAUGCUCGCCGAAGUUGCCUCGGCGGAGCUCGAAAGCGACACGGUGUUGGUGAAAGACUCUGCUCACAAGGCACGCAAGUCGGUGCAGCAAGCAGAUGCGCUGGUGCUGGACCAAAUCCGCAUCCUCUCGGACCGAGUGCUCCUAGAAAGUUUCUCGGAGUUUACGAGCAACGAGAUGAGACGCACCUUCAGCUAUCGCUGCUACCUCAUGCCUAGCGCCUGCGCCGAGACGUUCUCCAGUUUUGGCAAUGAGCACAAGGCCCGCAGCCAGAUGAAGUCACACCUCUUGUCUCACAUCGCUGAGCUCCUAGCCGAAGCCAAUGCACCCGGACGGCAAGGCAAGCCACCGUUCAUGGCGGAACCCCUCCAGGCCCGAAAACGCCGUCUCCAAGAAAGUGAGGGAACCGGCCGAAAGCGUAAACGGCCACAGCCCAAGCAGCCGGCGGCGGUGAGCAAGAAUGAGCGGCGAACAAACGGCUCCUCCACCGUCCUGCACACUCCUACCCCCAGAACAGUCGUCAAGAAAAGUCAAGCCCGGGUGAAAAGUCAAGUCAAGCCGUCUUUGGUGAAGCCUGAAGGCAAGAACAGUCGGCCCAUGCUCAAGGUGGCUGUCAAGUCCCUGACAACGCCCACCAAUAAGGUCAAGGCCCCGCCAGUAACCGGCAAGCUCCACAAUACACCGGUCAAGGAGGAGAAGCAAUUGCGUGUCGUCAGCGAAACCUGGGAGGCACACGUGGUCAGGCGGGACCACAGCUACUGGGGGCCCGGAUGCCCGCUUGCAGUGGACAAUGACGAUGACAGCGACCUAGAAGAGCUGUGCAGCGACUGCGUGGAGCGGCGCCCCGCUGUCCCGAGCCAGUCCGUGAUUGCCACGCCCGCCUUUCCCUACGUGUAUGUGCCACUACUGCCCAACACCUCGUCUGUCGUGGAGGUCACCACUCCCGGAGGUGGCAUCGGGGGUGGCUCCGUAAAACGGCGUGCCCUGAGCCCUAUGCUCCCGUCUUCGGACGAUGACGACGAUGAUGAAGACGAGGAUGACGAUGAGGAAGAGGAGGAGCAGCGGAGCAAGCAGCUGCAGCUGCAGCAUCCCGUGGCCAAGGGCCGGGCCCGCCUGCCGGGCCGGAGGGGCGCUGCGGUACAAGCCGCAGAGACCAGCCUCGAAAGGAAAGCGGCACUGAAGCACAUCAAGGCACUGCGGAACAAGCGGCGCGACGAGCGGGGCCCCCUGGUGUGCAAGAUCUGCAAGACCAAGGUGUUCACGGCCCAGGCCACCCUCAUGUACCACUAUCGCAGCCAUGCAGGCAUCAAGCCCUUCAACUGCAAGAUCUGUGAGGCGACCUUCACGCGACAGCACAGCCUCAACUAUCACAUGCUGAUUCACAACAACAAGAGCCGCUUCGAGUGCGAGGACUGCGGCCGCCACUUCCGGCACCCCAGCCACUUCAAGGAGCACCUGCGCCGGCACACGGGCGAGACCCCUUACCAGUGCACUGACUGCAACCAAAGGUUCAAGACACGCAACACGUACAAGAGGCACCUCAAGACGCGUCACGGGAAGAUCCUGACUGCCCAAGGGAUCCUCUCUGUCGGCGAGUCUCGGCCAACGAGUCCGGCGCCGACAUGAAACGGGCUGUUCCCGCUCAACUCCUUUUGUACAGACCACUUCCUUCCACACAACACCGAACAGACUCAAACCCGAUGCUUUCACACCUGCCCUUUUUGUACAGCUGCCCCUUUGUAAAAUAAAAGAAAUACUCUU